AUGGCCGGGAAAGAGGGCAAGGUCUGGCCAAACCUGGGACGAGGUACUCUUACUCGCAGUCGACCCACGUUUUUAACGCGCACUGCCACCGACGAGGCUGCUCAAUUACUUAGGAGGUCUUCUUUUCCUACUACUUCGCAAGACAGGGAUGCCCAACCAUCAUCUGCUCACGGAGAAUCGCUUCAUUCCGCCUCCCGGCCCGUAACUUCCACGUCGGCAACAUCUGACCGAUCCGAUACUACUCGCCCUGAACCACGAACCUCAGUUACAGGAGUCUAUGGGGCUUUUGAUGGCUCUAGAGAUGUGCGCGAGGCUCUACAGCAUGACGAGGGCGAUCUAGCGGUUGGCCAACCGCCUGGACAUGGCCUGAUCGAUGCUCUCCAAGAGCCCACCACUAAGCCCGAGAAGUCCUCCCUACCAAGGGUGAGCUCGUUGCGACCGGUUGGUGGAACGGAGAAAUUGAACACAUUUUCUGGAGUAUUUGUACCGACAAGCUUGAAUGUCCUGAGCAUCCUCAUGUUUAUUCGAUUCGGCUUCAUUCUUGGUCAAAGCGGCGUGUUGUGCAUGCUGGCUAUGCUAUGUGCUGCAUACCUAAUCAACCUUGUCACCACUUUGUCAAUAUCUGCCGUUGCGUCAAAUGGCACUGUACGUGGUGGAGGUGCUUAUUAUCUCAUUUCCAGGUCUCUCGGCCCAGAAUUCGGGGGUGCGAUUGGCAUUGUUUCAUAUCUCGGUUUCGUCUUCAACACCGGCAUGAAUGCUGUCGGCCUGAUUGAUUGCUUGAACUACAAUUUCGGUUCGGAAUCUGGCAACUGGUCGAAUAAACUACCCGAAGGCGUAUGGUGGCAGUACCUCUGGAGCACACUCGUCCUUCUUAUUUGUGUUGCCAUCUGCCUUGCUGGUAGUGCCAUCUUCGCUCGUGCCAGCAACGCCCUUCUCCUUAUUCUUCUUAUUGCCACCUUUAGCAUCCCUUUCUCCGCUGCAGUAAGGCAGCCCUUUGAAACAACAAAACAGUUCACCCAGUUCACCGGUCUCAGUGUCCAAACUUUGAAGUCGAAUUUACUGCCACGAUUCACAAAAGGUGCCGCUGGUAGCCAGUUGUCAUCCAGGGAAAAUUUCCAAGAUCUCUUCGGCAUCCUUUUCCCAGCAACUGGCGGCAUUCUAGCUGGCGCAAGCAUGUCUGGAGAUCUCAGAAAUCCCAGCACAUCUAUCCCUCGGGGAACUCUUGGUGGCCUCGGCUUGACGUUCGUGUCCUAUGGCCUUGUCAUUCUUGCCAUGGGCGCAAGCAUCACCCGUGAAUCCUUUUAUAGAAACGUCAAUGUCGUGCAAGAUACCAACCUCUCUGGAAUCUUGAUACUUGCGGGCGAAAUAUCCACAACCUUUUUUUCAGUAUUGAUGGGAAUUAUCGGCCCGGCGAAGCAGCUCCAAGCCAUUGCCCGUGACCAUGUCAUGCCUGGUCUUGCUAUCUUUGGGCAGGGUACAAGGUCAACCGACGAUCCCGUUUACGCAAUAUUCUUUACCUUUGCGGUCGCACAGGCGACCCUACUUCUGGACCUCAACCGCAUCGCAUCGCUGAUCACAAUGACCUAUCUGAUGACUUUUUUCGCCUUGAAUGUAGCAACAUUUCUUCUCAAGAUUGGAUCAGCUCCUAACUUCCGGCCUUCGUUCCACUAUUUCAAUUGGUGGACAGCUGCUACAGGAGCACUACUGAGUGCGGGAAGUAUGUUCUUUGUAGAUGGCUUCUCUGCAUCAGGCUCCGUAUGUAUUCUACUUGUUUUGAUCCUCGUCAUUCAUUACACGACACAACCAAAACCUUGGGGCUCAAUAUCCGAGGUCCUGAUCUACCACCAAGUCAGGAAGUAUCUCUUACGUCUCAAAUCCGAACAUGUCAAGUUCUGGCGACCUCAGAUAUUGCUAUUCGUCAAUGAUCCUAGACGAGGUUACAAACUCAUCCAGUUUUGCAAUUCCUUGAAGAAAGGUUCCCUGUUUAUCAUUGGCCACGUCAUCGUUACACAAAACUUCGGGGCUUCAGUGCCAGAAGCCCGACGCCAGCAAGCGGCCUGGAACAAAUAUAUCGACUUCUCCAAGAUCAAAGCCUUUGUUAAUGUCGCCAUUUCACCUUCGAUAGAAUGGGGCGCUAGAAACAUAUUUCUAUCAGCUGGUCUCGGAAGUAUGCGUCCAAAUAUCGUGAUAUUUGGGUUUUACAACAUACAGCAGUUUCGCUCGGAGCAGCCUUUGGUUGACGUUCCGAGCCCUCCACCAGAACGCAAGCAUGCAUCUCUCAAGCGUCGACGCACAAGCAGAAGUCAGGUGAGGGGUGAGCUACCUACAGACAUCUGUUACGUGGAGAAGCGCACUGAUGUCCAGAGCUAUGUCAUGGUCUUGGAAGAUAUGAUGUUGAAGUUGCAGACCAAUGUUGCUAUCGCUGUUGGAUUUAGUGACUUGGAGCUGCCUAAUGCCGAGCAGGGAAACACUAAGAAAUACAUCGAUCUCUGGCCGAUACAAAUGUCGGCUGAAUUGGCAUCGGAAACUGAAGGUGCCCCGCGCCAUGUGCAAACCACAAACUUCGACACCUACACUCUUAUCUUGCAACUUGGCUGUAUUCUCAAUACUGUAUCGUCUUGGAAGAAAACAUAUCGAGUACGGGUGGCAGUCUUUGUCGAGUACGAGUCUGAUGUGGAGGAAGAAAGGUCUCGAGUUGUCUCACUUUUAGAGAACCUUCGGAUCGAGGCUGAAGUCCUUGUCUUCUGGUUGGCUUGUGGGGACAUGAAAUCUUACAGUCUCAUUGUUAAUGGCCAGGAUGUUGAUGAGGAAUCAUUGGACCAGUGCAAUAAAGUACUGGAGGACGAAUUGUGGUGGCGAGAACUCCAAGCAGUAAGGGGCAAGGUCAGUAGAUCAGGAGACAUCGGCGGUGCUGAGGCGUUGUCCAUUACGGAAGAUUUCACGUGGCCAAGCUCCUUCCCGAACAAACGGGACAGCCCAAUGAUCCAAUUUGAAGGCUUACGCAAGAUCCUCACCCGUCCGAAUAAACGGCCUUCGUUCGGAAAUCUAUCCAGCCUGGGUGUGAGCCUCACGAUGCGCACGUCACGACUUGAUGAUGACAUGUUGAGUCGACAUGCUUCGCAUCCCAGCGACUCAGAAGGCGGUGAUUCUGAGUCCGAUGAAGAAGAUGAGGAGCAGCACUCCGAUGUCAGCUCAUCGGAUGAAGACGGGGGUCUAGAAGUAUCACCUCCGGCCGGGUUCAAGUCCCCAGCCAAGUCGAAAUCGAAAUCCUCAUCGAAGAAGAGCAGCAGGGCCAGUUCUAAAAAGUCACUGCAAAAGCACAAGCAGCGCAUUACUUCGUUGGCCAACAGCCGAGCGAAUCUUUCAGGGUCGCCGGACCACAUGAUUCAAUUUGACCAGGACAUUUUGAAUCAAGCUAGUCAGAAGGACCCUAGAGGCCGAACACUAGGUGUGGAUGAUUGUAACUCUCAGUCUCGAACAACUACCUCGCCGGGCAACAGUCUGAAUGUCACGGGUUCGCAAAGGUCUCGGGCGACAUCGCCAAACUUCACAUCUUCACCAGUUCCCCGCGCAGAAGUGGCAGAGGAAGAAGGUGCUGGGCCAUCAAUUAUGUUCGCCGACGACCCACACCCGCGACGCCAGAGGCCAGAAGAGACCUUCGCUGACCUUGGCCGAUCAAUCUACCAGCGAAAACUGGACGAAAGCAAUGGCAUCUCCUCCAACCAGAAGCCGGCAUCUGGCUUUCCAUCCGCCGGGUCCGUCCAAAUAUCCUUUAACGACCUACCGUCUCGGGCGCAACACCUGAUCCUCAAUGAGCUGAUCUCACAGAAUAGCGAUGAUACCGCAGUCAUUUUUACAACGUUACCGGCGCCGAGCGAAGGGACGUAUCGCAGCGAAACCGAGAGCUUGGGAUACGUGAGCGAUUUGGAAGUCUUGGUGGGUGGGUUACCCCCUACGUUGCUUGUGCAUAGCAAUAGCAUGACAGUUACGACGAAUUUGUGA